UCACCGUACGCUGAGGACACAUUCUUUUGUCUUUUUUUGGACAAAGACUUUCUGUCGAAUUUUUGUGACCCUCCUCGGUAGUUCUGAGUUUUUCUUUGGAUUCAACUGAUUUUCAAUAAUUGGACGUGGAUAUGACGCUGUUGCCGCCGACCGUCGAACAACAGAGACGCAUCGAUGAGGUGGUUCCGGUUGAUCCGGAAACGAGGAAACGCGACAUCGCGGCGAUACGGGAAUGGCUUUCGAAACAGCCUCAUCUGCCUGAUCACAUGGAUGACGCAAGACUCAAGAGAUUCCUGUUCGGCUGCAAGAACAGCAUAGAAAGAUGUAAAUUGAUUUUGGAACGGUACUACAGCGUACGCACCGCCGUGCCUGAAUUCUUUUCGUUGCGUGAUCCUCUUUCGAAGGAUAUUCAACAGUGUCAUGAAUCGAUACACUACUUCGUUCUGCCAUCGUUGACGAAUGAAGGGCACCGUGUCACUGUUCUACGGCUUCGGGACACGUCGAUCGACAAAUUUUCCAUUCGGACAAUCACCAAAAGGAUCCUGAUGGUCCUGGACACGCGUCUGAUGGAGGAAUGUUGCCUGUCGAACAUUAUGGUCAUCGAUCUUCAGGGAUUCAGCGUAGUUCACUUUACAAAGUGUAGCCCAACGCAGAGCAUCAUUCGGAAGUCGAUGUUGGCGGUGCAAGACAGUAUGCCGUUGCGACUUCACAGGGUCCAUUUUCUUCACGCUCCUGCAUUCAUAGAAAGCGUUCUGAAUAUAUUCUAUCCUCUUCUGAAAGAAAAACUAGUUCAGAAAUUUCGAAUCCAUACUGGUGGUGGAGAGGAAUUGCAUCCUUACAUGAAUAAGGAUAUAUUGCCGAAGGAAUGGGGAGGCAAAGCAGGCACUUUCGAUGAGUUAAACGACUCAUGGAGAAAGAAGAUCGAGAAGAACAGGGAUUGGUUCCUACGCGAAGAGAAGCUCAGCCGAACGAACGAAAGCGCUAGAUUGCCCGAAACUAAAUCGAGGCUCUUGGCGGAACUCGAUGGACUGCAGGGUUCGUUUCGAAAAUUGAACAUCGAUUAAAAAAAAAAAAUAGAAUCUCCUUAUGGGAA